UGUAUCUCGCGAACGAGUUGGCUUAUAAUUCUAGAUAUUUAGAUACAAAUAGACCAACAGAUAGACACAUGUCUUAGCUAUAACCUCCGUGAAUUUUUAUUCUCUUAUUAUAUAUUGAGUUUUUACAUCUGGUGGCGAGGUGUGGAACGAGUAAAGGAGCGAGAGCUAUGCUGAGAGCUAUGAGAAAUAUCCGUAAUCCCGCGAAAUCUGACCGGUGACCGGUUGCACAACAACAACUGUCAACAAGACACAAUUUGCAACAUGACCGCCAUGAGAAGGUUAACGUUGAUGUGGUUGGUCACAUUUUUAGUGUAUAAUGGAGCCAAUGGAUUAGAUCAACCAAAUUUCUUUAUCGGAACUGGAAGAGCUGACAUCACUGGCCCUGCAGCAGAAAUCAAUAUGAUGGGUUAUGCGAAUCCAAAACAGGAUACCCAGGGCAUUCAUUUCCGUCUGUAUAGUCGGGCUUUCAUCAUUGCUGACCAUGCUAAUUCGCACCGAGUAGUGUACGUAAGUGCUGAUAUAGCCAUGGUAUCACAGAUCAUCAAGAUUGAGGUUGUCAAAAAGCUAAAGACACAUUAUGGUGACAUCUACACGGAAAUGAAUGUUUGCUUGAGUAGCAUUCACACUCACAGUGGACCGGGUGGAUUUCUGCAGUACCUGCUCUAUGACAUCACAUCCUUAGGCUUUGUUGCAGAGUCUACAGAUGCAAUCGUGAAUGGCAUUGUAAAGAGCAUUCAGAUUGCACACGAGAGGCUAGUCCCGGGUGACAUUUUCAUCAACCGUGGAACUCUUCUUGACUCCAACAUAAACCGCAGUCCAACUGCUUAUCUCAAUAACCCACAGGAAGAGAGAGACAGAUACCAGUAUGACGUCGAUAAAGAUAUGGUUGUUCUUAAGAUGGUUAAUUCGACUGGUGCGGCUAUAGGCAUGAUAAGUUGGUUUGCAGUUCACUGCACGAGUAUGAACAACACGAACCAUCUAAUCUCCGGUGACAACAAGGGCUAUGCCUCAUACCUGUUCGAACAACAUAUGAACCCUGGGAGCCUGCCAGGAGAAGGAGACUUCGUUGCAGCAUUUGCACAGGCAAAUGAAGGCGAUGUUUCGCCGAACACCAGGGGGCCACAUUGUCUAGACACGGGUCUGCCAUGCCACAUGAACACCAGUACCUGUAAUGGCAAGAGUGAACUUUGUGUAGCAUUUGGACCUGGGGUGGAUAUGGCAGACAGUACUAGAAUCAUUGGCAAUAACCAGUUUAUUAAAGCAUUGAACUUGUAUAACAAUGCUACGAGGAAACUCAGUGGACCUGUAGAUUUUAAACACCAGAAUGUGGAUAUGACAAAUGUACAGGUCAACCUGUCAGAUGGCUCUCAGGCACAUACUUGCAAGCCAGCAAUGGGUUACAGCUUUGCUGCUGGCACUACGGAUGGCCCAGGUGCCAUGGACUUUACACAAGGAACAACUCAAGGAAAUGCUCUGUGGAACCUGAUUAGGAAUUUCAUUAAAAAACCAUCAGCAGAACAGACAGCCUGUCAACUUCCGAAACCUAUUCUGCUGGAUACUGGGGAAAUUAGCUACCCGUAUUCAUGGCAACCAGACAUAGUUGAACUUCAGUUGCUCAGGGUGGGAGAUUUUAUCAUAGUGGCAGUACCAGGAGAAUUCAGUACAAUGUCUGGAAGGAGAGUAAGAAGCAAUGUCACUGCUACUCUUGCACAGCAUGGCUUCCCAGAGACGACAGAGACAGUGAUAGCAGGACUCUCAAACACCUACUCUAGUUACAUCACUACCUUCGAAGAAUACCAGGUACAACGAUAUGAAGGUGCGUCGACCAUUUAUGGACCCCACACUCUCCAGGCGUACAUCCAACAUUUCAAUGUAUUAGCUGCUGCUAUAGCACAGAACAGCACAGUGGACAAGGGGCCGAGCGUACCCUACCUGCGGGACAAGCAGCUCUGCUUUGUUCUGCCCGUCGUGUACGACGGCAGCGGCAUUGGCAAGUCGUUCGGCGACGUGCUGACAGACGCGAAGCCGAAGUAUGUCGUUAACACUACCGUCAGCGUCUCAUUCGUCGCCGGUCAUCCUCGCAACAACCUCAUGACGGGUGCCACGUUUUUGACAGUGGAGUGGUGGAAUCCUGAGCAGUCGACCUGGCACGUGGCGUACACAGACAGCAGCUGGGAGACAAGGUUCAAGUGGACGCGAACGUCCUCUCUGCUGGGUAAAAGCCAGGCGACCGUAGAGUGGGAUAUCCCGGCAGCGGCCAUGCCAGGCGUCUACCGCAUGCGCCAUUUUGGCCACGAGAAGUCGGUCACUGGUGACAUCCACCCCUACGCUGGGACAUCUGCCUCCUUUAUCGUCGAGACGAUGGAAGAGGCCAGCCCACGUGGCAUAGAGGGGCCGAGAGCUGACACAUUCUACCAGCAUGUGGGACUGCAUGCGCAAGCUCCCCAUCCCUCACUGAGCAUGGCGGAAAUACUCAAACGUAUAAAACUCAAUAAGACUGUGCUUAAGGACAAGCUGAGACAAAUCAGACAAGCAGAUUAGUGCAUGUUGCUCAACCUGGUGCUCAAUUUUGGCUUUGCCAUAAUGGGUAACUUGAUGUCAUACAGUAGUAGUCCGAAUGUUUGACCGGUGAUGACCUGAAUUAAUGUUUUCGUUGAAAAUAUUUUACUGUAGUUUAAUCAUUCUCGAGUGAUCUACAAUGUCAAUGACUGUGAUGCAUUGGUGCUCAGUAAGAAAAGAUUUGUAUUACGUAGCAUGCCUAGGUUGUACGCACCUUACGUAGUAUGGCUGUCGUAUAUAUAUGAUGAGCCGUUAUAUUAAGGUAGACAUUUCUAUCUCACUAGCUUUGUUAUAUUGUGAUCGAUCAAAUUUUUAUUGUAACCGUGCCCGUUAGGUUAUGAAUCAACCUUGUUUUUCACCAUGCCCUCAUCAUCUUUGUAAGUAUAUUAUAUAAGUUCAGAAGUAGCCGUUUCACAGUUGCCUUCAUCUUAUUAAGAGUGUAAUACGACUGUAGUAUAAACUUGGAAGUCUGUAGCCAUUAGAGUUUUUGAGUUACUCUGGUUAAUGAUGACAUAGCAAACAAGUUGCAAGACAGUCUAAUCCUUGUGUUAGCUGUCUCUUUGGUACCAGGACUGUGGUAUCUAGAGGUUAUUUUUGGGUAGGCAUUAUGCUAGAGGGUUAUGUGAACAUACCUAUUAUUUUCAUGUGAUAAGCAUGUGAUGUUAGAAACAUAUAAAAUCAUUAUAUUUUCGUUUUCAUCUGCUUUCUGGCAUGUUGUUAAAUAUUCCUUAUAUUUUUACAUUGAAGGUAAUUUAAAGAUUAGUUAUUGCAUAGCUCCAUUCAAUAUUAUUUACUGAGCACGUAUGAAUUCAACAAUUGGAAAACUGUAGAUUAUUAUUAGUAUUGUUGAAAUUCCAGAUUUAUAUGGCCAAACGAAUCAACAGCACCUAAAUACCUACCUUAAAUUUUAUUUUAUUGAAGCUGGCAACAAAUUUUUUGUUUGACCUGAGAUAAUAGAUUUAUUACUGUUAUGUGAAAAACAUAAUCUGUUAAUAGACAAUUUA